GCAAGGAUGACCACUACGCGAGGGACUGCCCUCAGCGGGCGGGCGCAGUUAUACCAUCGCAAAGCACACCGUAUAGAUACAGCGGGAUGAUAUGGCAGCAGAAGAAGGAUGUUGAUGACAUCGCGUGGAUGAGAGAGUUGUGCGGAGAUCUGGCGAGAGAGUGAAAAGAGAAGGAGGACAGAGAGAAGGAACAGGAACGACAAAGAUUGGAGGCGGAGAGACAAAGACGGGAAGACGAACUGCACCAACAAAGGAAGGCUGAGCUAGAACGACAAACUGAGAUCAGAGAUGCGCGACUCAUGGCGUCGAUGACGACGCAACUCAAGACCUUGCAUGAUAAACUCUCUGGGCAAAUGAUGGAAAUCAAGGCAAGGGCACAAGUGAGGGAGAACGAGAAAGAGGACGUGGAAAAAUUGAGGAAAGAAGUGAUAGAACUAGAGAGGGAACUGGCGAAGGAUGACAGCCCUGAGAAGGAGAAGGAGGAACUAUGGAAGAAAAUCAUGCAAUUAAGAAAGAUGAAGGAGGAGAGGGACCUCGUAAGAGUCAGGAAGAAGCUCAUGGCGGAGGAGCUAGAGUGGGAGUUGGAGCAGACGCGACAUGAACUGGACAUGGAAGAUGACCAGUAUGCACCAUCAUCGUCUACGAGACCACCACAAAGACAGAAGAAGACACCUCUGACAACACCAUCCAGACCAAGGCAGCGCAUGCGACAGCCAAGUAUGGGGAUACACGUUGAAGAACCAACAACGCCACACACUCCAAGGAUGACAAGAUCACAAGCGAAGAGAAACUCGACGCUAGACAAUGCAGCGCUCAUAGUGGGAUGGAAGAACAUCACUCUCCAAGGCUCAAAGACUGGUAUCGUAGAUUACUGCAUGAACAUGAGAACGUUCCUACGGACCAGAUCCAUGGCUGAACUCCAAUGUCUAUGCGGAGAAGAUAAGAUAGAGUAUGCUACUAGAGAGAAGGCGAUCAAGGAGUUGAUUGUGAAUAGGAUGCAAGACGCUAUUAUGAGGAGUAGCGAGGAUCAGGAAGAGGAGAAUGAUCCGGGAAGCCAGGACAUCACCCCGGAUCCCGCAUCAGACUGAAGGAUUGACCUCGAUAAGGCUUGGGCACUAUGGCACAUAAUGCUAAC